AUGUCUCGACGAUCGUCCCGGGCCGCUCCCGCGGCGCAAGCGCCAGAAGCGGCGCCAAAGCGACGCGCUUCAACCAGGCUGUCCGCUUCGGAGGCGGAGGUUAAGAGGGUCAGGUCCAACAUCGACUUGCCUGGCAGCCAGGUUAAAACCACAACUAAGAAGAGCAAGUACUUUGAACCCAAGGGCUCCGCUGAGUCCGAGGAGCCGGCCAGCGACACCGAUGAGGACGAGGACGAGGACGACUCCGCGUAUGAGGAGAAUGAUGUUGACCCAGAAUCUGACGACCACGAGCCCUCCGAUCAGGACGACGAACCCGACAGCGAGGAGGAGACGAAGAGCGCGCGGGCUAAAGGGGGCAAGAUAGGGAAAGGCAGGGUAUCUGAUACUGCAUCCUUGAAGGGCAAGGAACUAUGGCGGGAGGGUGUUCGCACAGGCUUGGCUCCAGGACAAGAGGUCAUCAUCUCCAAACCUAAGGCGCGCGACCCCGGUGAUGUACCGUACGAAGAUGAGACGCUGCACCCCAACACCCGGCUGUUCCUACUGGACCUAGCCAAGAAUAACGAGAGGGAAUGGCUCAAAGGUAAAGCAGCACAGGCACAACGCAAGGCAGGACAGAGCAGACAGAGCAAGGCUGGCGCUGCUGUGCCAUCGCGGUUAUCGAAUUACCGCGCGGCGAAGAAGGAUUUCGAAACAUUUGUCGAAGCCCUAACCGGCAAGCUCGCCGAACAAGACAGUACUGUCCCCGAGUUGCCUGCGAAGGACCUGGUUUUUCGGAUCUACCGCGACGUCCGCUUUAGCAAGAAUCCUCUUCCAUACAAGAUUCAUUUCUCAGCUGCGUGGUCCCGGACUGGCAAAAAGGGCCCGUAUGCCGCGUAUUAUGUGCACUUCCAACCUGGUUCAUGUUUCGUGGGUUGUGGGCUCUGGCAACCCGAGGCCGAACCGCUCCGGUUGCUUCGAGAGGACAUCGAUGCGUACGCGGAUCAAUGGAAGGAGGUUCUCCGAGCACCAGAGAUGCGCCGGGAGUUCCUCGGAGGAGCGGCAGACGAUGAUGAAGCGGUGGUGAAGGCGUUUGCCCAUCAUAAUCGAGAGUCUGCCCUGAAAACCAAGCCUAAGGGCUACGAGGCUGACCAUCCAAACAUUCAAUUGCUUCGUCUACGCAGCUUCACUCUGGGUCGUCCUCUCUCUGACGCAGAUAUGAUGGCCGCUGAUGCACAACAUCGGAUCGCCGCUCUAGUUGGCGUGAUGGAGCCCUUCGUGACGUAUCUCAACAGCGUCGUGAUGCCCGAUUCGUAA